UUAGCAUUAACUUCUGUCGAGUGAUUGACGGGGCUAAAAGUCUGCAUUAAUAGUAACAUAUUGUAUUGGCUUCUUCUUACUAUUAUCAUGCUAUAAAUAUGGACUAGCUGCUGUAAGAAGAUAUAUCAGAGCUGCAUAUUGGUUUAUAACUAUAACCAAUAUACGUUCUUUGAAAGAAACAUUUGAUCAUGUCUAUCAUUUUUCUGCUUGUUGCUAUACUGUCCAUUGGACUAGAAUUUACAGGUGUGCAAUCCAUAGGAGUUUGCUAUGGCACGAAUGGCAAUAAUCUACCAUCAAGGCAAGAAGUUAUAGAUUUAUACAAAUCAAAAGGCAUUGCUGGAAUGCGUAUAUACAGUCCUGAUGAAGAAGCCCUACAAGCCCUUAGAGGUUCCAACAUUGAAUUAAUCCUUGAUGUGCCCAGGGAUACCCUUUCCUCUCUAACAGAUGCCAAUGAAGCCACAAAUUGGGUAACCAAAUACGUGACACCCUACUCACAAGAUGUUAAAAUUAAGUACAUCACUGUUGGAAAUGAAAUCCACCCUGAUUACAAUGAGGCCCAGUACGUUCUCACUGCUUUACAAAACAUUCAAAAAGCAAUUUCAGCAGCCAAUUUACAAGGCCAAAUCAAGGUCUCGAUAGCAAUAGACAUGACUUUGAUCGGUAAAUCCUAUCCUCCCAAGGACGGUGUUUUUACUGACCAAGCAAAGUCAUAUAUACAACCAAUAAUCAACUUCCUAGUGAGCAAUGGAUCACCACUUCUUGCAAAUGUGUAUCCGUACUUUGCUUAUAUCGGAAAUGAACAAGACAUUCAUCUUGACUAUGCUCUUUUUAACCAACAAGGAAACAAUGACGCUGGUUACCAAAAUCUCUUUGAUGCGCAGUUAGAUUCAGUAUACGCUGCUCUUGGGCAAGUUGGGGGAUCGAAUUUGCAGAUAGUUGUGUCUGAGAGUGGAUGGCCGUCUGCUGGUGGAGAUGGAGCCACAACUGUCGAUAAUGCGUCAACAUAUUAUAAUAAUUUGAUUAAUCACGUAAAGAGUGGGAAUGGGACUCCGUUGAAGCCUGGUACAGCUAUUGAGACUUACUUGUUUGCCAUGUUUGAUGAAAAUCUGAAGACUGGUGCAUCAACUGAGCAACAUUUUGGUCUCUUUAACCCUGACAAAUCACCUAAGUAUCAAAUAAGUUUCAAUUAAUUAAACAGAUAAUUCAAAGAAAUAUGUAACUGAAUAUACAAAUAAUUGUGCCAGUGUGUGUGUGUGCACAAGACGUUGUGUUUGCAUGUUCCUAUUUAUAUAAUGAGUUGAAUAAAUGAAAGAUCAUAUAUAUUGUUUAAUUCCCUCUUUC